GAGGAAAAAUAGUUAAUUAUUCAUGCCAGCCAGAAGAAGGCAGAUCCUGGCUUCCCCUGUUACCAUUGCAACAAGUGACUGUGUUGGCCUAGUGAGAGCAAAGAAAGGGAAGCUGUUUUAUAGCUUAGACAAGAAAAGAUGCCUUCUCAGGAAAGAAAACCUGUCUUCUUGAGCUGCGUAACACAUAGCCAGAUGGAUUUAAGGAGGGCAAAGCCCCUCACAGCCUGCAACCAAGAAAGAAGGUCCUUUGUAUCUCAGAUUUGCUUCAUGAUUAACCACUCCUCCUGGGGGAGACCGUGUUGCCUUGGAAUCAGAGAAAAUCAGCACAGAACUAAUGCUUGGGAAGCACCUAAAACUGUUCAGUAUUAUAAAGCUGCAAAGAAAGAGUCAAACUGGACAAAGGACUCUUGUCCAUCACCAAAUGCAAAAAUGAUUUCAUCUAUACUCAUUUCACAAAUGAUUAAUGAGAAUAAAUCAAAAGAAAACAAGGCUGCCUUCUCUAUGCAGUCAGUAAUCACCCAGUCUGAUGCUUAUCACAUGAACCAAUCUUUGGCUAAUCAUAGCUCAGUCAACAUUAAUAGAGCAUUCAUAUUGCUUCCCAGAAGAUUAGGCAUUCAGAUAACUUCUGAUGACAGUGCAUUUGGAACAGACAUUGACAGCAAAGGGAUAAGACAAUGUCAUAAGCAGAAGAAAGGUUUUGCUUCCAUCACAAUCACUGCUCGACAAGUUGUUCCACCUUGUAACAGGAAAACACAGGUGGAUACUUCUUCUUGUUUGAAAUGCCAGGAAAUUAAAUCGCCAAUGAGCACUCUUCCUGCUUCAAAGGGGACUGGACUGCAUCAGCCUUGUAGACCUUUGGACACUCAAGGAUGUUGUAAAAAUAAAAAUGCCACCAAAAUAAGGAUUUCUGAACCUUGUCCACAGCUGAGCAAGAGUGGGUGGAUUUCUAACACAGAAAACAAAGAGAAUGGACUGGUCUCCCCUGGAAACAACCAUAACAAAGAAGCACCAAUUUCCUUUACUUCAAGUCUUCACCUCAGUAUUUCCCAACAUAAUCCAAAUGCAAUAUACUAUGUAGACAAAUCUCUCUCAGUGCCUGUCAAUCAACCUCAGACUAGGAACCAAAAAAUUCAUAGGUCAGUUGUGUCUUUCAGUUUAAAUUGCAGUUCUCCCAGUUUAACACCAGAUGGAGUGGAUGGUUUAGCUAAUGGAGAGUUAAUCACAGAAGUACUUAAGACAAAGCUCCCAGAGCAUGGCAAGCCACUGCUAGAAGCAAUUUGGAAUGCAGAUCUCAAGGAGAGCUAUUCACUUAGAAGACAGACUUUGGAAAAGGAAUCUUUAGGGACUGAAUGUCUCUGGAAAGAUACCUCUCCACUGACUCUGUCAGUUGCAGAUAGUCCUCAAGGACUUGAUCAUUUAAGGUCAACGAAGAGUAAUGAUGGAAAUUCAAGUGACACUCACACUUUAUUGUCUUCCCACAUGCCUCACUGGACCUAUGAUGAAGGCGAACAACUAUUCUCAGGAAGUAACAGAAAACAGUGUGCAAGAGACACAUACCAUGAAACCACAUCUGCCUCUUUUCUGAAGCAAUCAUCCAAGGAAGAAUGCAUGCUGGAAGGUAGAAUUUCUUCGAAAGACAAACAUCUACCCAAAGGCACUUUAGAGUCCAAAGAGAGUCAGGCCCAAAGCUUUGCAAGAGCAAAAAAAUAUAUUUCUGAAUGUGGGUGUCAUAUCAAGGCUCCAUCAAAUACAACACAGGAUGAAAAUGCUAACCUCAGGACAGAUCCAUUCCCUAAAGGUGAUUACAUAUUCUAUGGCUCAGCUAUCAAGUUAAAAGAGCACAAGGAAAGUGAGAAGAACGAGACAGUCGGCAGGGUAAGAACCUCCACGGCUCAUGAACCAGAUGUUCCUCAUGAGAAACAUGAAGCUUUCCAGCAGCCAAAGGUCUGCUCUGAGCCUGAGAAAAUUCCUGCAAACCCACUGACACUCAGGGAGGCUCUGGAAGUUCACAAGCCUCAUUUUAUUUGCCGUUCUCAAGAACGGCUCAAAAAACUCCAACAGAUAAUACAACUGAGGAAAGCCCAGCAAGGUGAUGGUUCAUUAAAGAAACAAGGAGCUGAUACUUCUCACAAGCUUUCAUCAUCUUCCAUUACAAGUAAGAAGAAACAAUAUACCAUUCCUCAUCCUCUCAGUGAUAAUCUAUUCAAGCCAAAAGAACGGUUCAUUUCAGAAAAGGAGAUGCAUAUGCGAUCAAAAAGAAUUUAUAAUAAUCUGCCUGAAGUGAAGAAGAAACAAGAAGAGAAGCAGAAACGGGUUAUCUUACAGAGCAAUAGGAUGAGAGUUGAGGUGUUCAAAAAGCAGUUACUGGACCAGCUUCUUCAAAGGAAUACAGAAUGACUAAAGAUUCCCAGGAACAUCAUUCUGCUUGGACCUUGGAUGUCUUUGAUAAUUAAAAAGCCAUACAAAGAUAGCAUGACCUUAAUGACAUGGAGGCUUUAUUUGUUGUUAAAUCCAUAAACAAAGAUGAGAGAUUGAUUUUUUAAAAAACGAAAAUCUAGUUGUUUCUAGAAAAAUCACUGGAUUAUAUUCCAGUGGUCAAAAGCCAUGGAAAUAUCAACUUUAAAACAGUUUUAUGCAAUUGUUGAAGGCAACAAAGUAUUUAUGCUUUAAAAAGGUUUUUCAACCACAAAGCCAACUUUGUGUAUCAUACAUGCGGGCAUAUGUAAGCAUGCCUCCUGCAUAAAUAUGAUUCCCAUACAUCCCACUUAUUUAAGGCCUUCGAGUAUAAAUGUAGUGUUUUGAAUGGAAAGAAGAAUGUAUAUCAUUUUUGCUCUGGUUAGAAACUAGCUAAAAUACCAUUAUUGUCUAAUCAUUUCUGCAUUAGUUUUAAAUUAAUGGUUAACAUAGCACCGGGACCAAUAUUUUAGACCUCUGAAUGAGCAUAUUUCUAUUUUUAUAGUAAACCCAAAUAAGGUGGUUACCUGUUAUUGUAAAAACAGCCUUUUAAAACUUAGCUAACAAUUCCUCUGAAACAUGUUCUUUGCUAAACCAUAUAAUUUUGCUAGGCAUUACUUGGAGUGAUAUAUUUGUAGAAAUGGCAUUUAUUUAUUAUUGUUAUUUUGAAUGGCAUAAAUCUACAGAGUGGUAGUGACUAAAAAAAUUGAUUGUAUAAAGAUAACAUAAUGAAAAACAUCUGUAAUGUUUGCUUCAGAAAUAUUUGAAAAUUUUAUUUGUAC